GACAGACUGCGAUUUGUCGCUGGACCACUGCAGUUCUACUUCAUAAAAAAACUUUGCUCCAUGCCAGAUCUGCUGCAAGUAACAACUGCUAUAGUGUGGAAGGGAGAUAGGAAGGACAGCGGGAGAAGCUGAUUGUAGCCAGCAUCGCAGUUAUCUCCUCAGCACAAAGUUUGGAACCGGCUCUGAAUGCUGGUGCCCUGCUGCCAGUGUGUCAGCUGUACCUGGAGCAAUGUUAUAGCAGAGGACACCACUUCCACAGCACUUCUAUCAGUCAGCUCAUGCCCAACAUCCGAGCGCAUCUCUGAGUGGGCCCCUUGUAACUGCUGCAUUGGCUUGCUGGGGCCAUCUGCCAGGGUGCAGCAUCAGAUCACGCUCUGAGCAUAGCAAUCAUGCCUACCUUUGAUGAAGUACUGCAGGAGGCUGGUGAGUUUGGGCGCUAUCAGAAGAGGGUCUUUUCCCUGCUGUGCAUGACGGGGAUCACCUUUGCCUUCUCCUUUGUGGCAAUAGUCUUUCUGGGACAGAUACCGGAGAGUUACUGGUGCAGGAGCACAGAGCUGGCAGAGCUCAGCAAGGUCUGCGGCUGGAGUCCCCAGGAGGAAAGGAACUUAACAGUACCCAGGGUACAUGCUGAGCAGCCUGAGCAGGGCCUGUGUGACACAUAUGACAUCACUUGGAAUGCUAGCAGCAUCUCCCCUCUAAGCUGUGCCAGUCCUAUGGAUGCUUUCACCAACCAGAGCCUGGACCAGCUGCCGAUCAAAUCCUGCCAGGACGGGUGGGUCUAUGAAGAGUAUCGCACAACCAUUAUAAGUCAGUACCACCUCGUAUGCGCAGAUGCCUGGAAACUUGACUUGACACAAGCGUCUCUCAACCUUGGAUUUUUAAUAGGGGCUCUGACUUUGGGAUAUGCUGCAGACAGAUAUGGAAGAAAAGUCACCUACCUGAUAUCUUCCUUUGGAGUAGGACUGUGUGGAGUCAUCGUAGCAUUUGCCCCAAACUUCUAUGUUUUGGUGUUUUUUCGUUUUCUACAAGGCAUCUUUGGGAAAGGAACAUGGAUGACAUGCUAUGUUAUAAUAACAGAGCUGGUGGGAUCUAAGCAGAGACGUAUCGUCGGUAUUGUGGUUCAGAUGUUUUUCACUUUGGGAGUCAUGAUCAUUCCUGGCAUUGCUUAUUUGAUUUCUACGUGGCAGGGCAUCCAGCUGGCUAUUUCACUGCCAAACUUCGUAUUCCUUUUGUAUUACUGGUUCAUUCCUGAGUCCCCACGAUGGCUACUGAUCCGUAAAAAGAAAGACAAGGCAAUGCAUAUAAUGGGUGACAUUGCUAAAACCAAUGGAAGGUAUCUAACUCCAAACUACUGCCAGGUAACAGUUUCAGAUGAAGAUGUUGUCAAUCCUUCAUGCAUGGACUUGGUGAGAACGCCACAGAUGAGGAAAUGUACUAUAAUUCUGAUGUAUGCUUGGUUUACAAGUGCAGUCAUCUACCAAGGUCUUGUUAUGCGGCUAGGGAUUGUGUCCGGAAGUCUGUAUACAGACUUUUUUAUCUCUGCGGUGGUGGAAUUACCAGCUGCUGUCAUUAUUCUACUUUCCAUUGAUCGAGUUGGGAGGAGGCUUCCAUUUGCACUGAGCAACGCUGGAGCAGGUGUUGCGUGCUUAAUAACUGCUGCCAUAUCAAAAGAAAUCUUAUGGCUAAAAAUAACUUUAGCCACUCUAGGACGGCUGGGAAUCACCAUGGCGUUUGAAAUUGUGUAUUUCAUAAACACAGAACUAUAUCCAACACCACUGAGAAACUUUGGUGUGUCCUUAUGUUCAGGCAUGUGCGAUUUGGGUGGAAUUAUAGCCCCAUUCCUACUUUUCCGGUUGGCAGAAAUAUGGGUAGAACUGCCUCUCAUCAUAUUUGGAAUACUUGGCAUUAUUUGCGGUGGUCUCGUAAUGCUAUUGCCGGAGACAAUGGGCAUUUCCUUGCCAGAAACUAUUGAAGAUGUUGAGAAUCUUGGAAGGCCAUUAAGAAAUGAAAAGAAAGAGAAGAUGGACACAGCUAUUUUUGAUGGUCACCUAAAAAGUGAUGGUGGGCGUUUAUGACCUUCCAUAGGGCACACAUAAAAUACGUUAUAGGUUUGAUCAAAUUGUGUCUUUUUUUUAAAUAGUUUUUGUAUAUUAAUCUCUAAAUGUCAUUGCUGUAAAAUGGGCCAGGACGAAAUAGCAUUGUUUUAGAACCAACUAUUGUCAACCGUCGUAAUCAGGUGUUUUAUGCAAUUAGAAUAUAAUAGUUGUUGUGUAACGUGUAUUUCACACAAUUUAUACAAAUUCCCAGACAUUGGUAAGAAGCAUAUGAGUAAUAGAAGUAAUACUAGAUGAUGGGGCUGAUAUAGAGUUGCACGCAAAUUGGCUACAGACAUGGCUGCAUUGCAUGCGUGCCAAUGCAUCUACUUGUGAAAAUGGUCAGUAUCAUCACAGUCUGUGCACACUUGUACAAGCCCCAUACCUGGUGAAAGACAUCCAACUGAAAUUAGAAAGAUCUCUGCGUAUACUCAACUUUGAAUAUCCUGUAAUUAGGCUUACAUACACAUUACACAUCUUUGGAUCACUGCGUGCAACUCCUGUAUGCCAAUUUAGAUGCAAGUAGAGAUGCAAUUGAAAUGCGUAUCACACUAAGGGGGACAUUUAAUAAGCAGUGAUA